UGUUAUAAAGCUUGACUGCCUCCCAACUCUGUUCACUUCAGUUGCCCAACAGACGCUUUGGCAGAGUAACCAUAUAACGUAUCUGGUUCAACCUGACUGGGACGAUAUUCAAAGUUUGGCAAAUAAGACGGAUUUCUCAAUAAUGGGCAACGUGGUUCCCAGUUCCGUGGAUACCGAGGAUGUCAAGGCGACUCAUGAUAGAAUAACAGCCCUGGAGAGCGAUGUGAAUUGGGCUGUGUUCAAGUUCGACAAGGGUAAAGUCAAAACCAGUUCAACGGGGAAAGAUUUUAAAACAUUUGUAGCUCAAUUUUCAGAUGACGAGGUAGCAUUUGCUUACUAUCGCCUUGAAUUCGGCGUGUACAUCCUCAUGGUGUGGCUUGGGGAAAAGUCAUCUGCAACAGACAAGUUAGCCGUGACUACAGCAACACCGUUUGUUCUGGCCAUAUUAAAGACGUUUGUGUACCAGUUUAUCACCAGCAAAUUAGCUGACGUCGAUCUAGACCGCAUCACUAAACUCGUGGACAAGGCCAAGGGAGUUGCAGGACUCCAUUGAAUCCAAUACACGUGGGUUUCUGAGAAAAGGGUUCUCUUGAUUCCUACUAUAUCUAAUAAAACAAGCCAAAAGCAUGUAGCAUUUAGAAA